CUUCUUCAUCUUAAUUACACAUUUAAAAAUGGUUAGAGAAACAAAGUUUUACGACGUCUUGGGCGUUAGUCCUGAUGCUUCUGAAAGCGAACUUAAGAAGAGUUACAGAAAGUUAGCUUUAAAGUAUCAUCCUGAUAAGAACCCUGAUGCCGGAGACAAGUUCAAGGAAAUUUCUCAUGCAUACGAGAUUCUCUCUGAUCCUGAGAGACGUCAAAUGUAUGAUCAAUAUGGUGAAGAAGGCUUAAAUGGCGGACCCGGUGGCAUGGGUGGUAUGGAUGCUGAAGAUCUCUUCUCUCAACUCUUUGGAGGUGGAGGUGGUAUGUUUGGUGGAGGAGGUGGACGUAGAGGACCUCAAGGACCCCGUCGUGGAAAGGAUAUGGUUCAUGCUUUAAAGGUUAGCCUUGAAGACCUUUACAACGGUAAAACUAGUAAGCUUGCACUCCAAAAGCACAUUCUCUGUACCAAGUGCGAAGGUAAGGGUGGCAAGGAAGGUUCCGUUCAUAAGUGUAAGACCUGUAAUGGUCAAGGUAUCCGUCUCAUUACCCGUCAAAUGGGUCCUAUGGUUCAACAAAUGCAACAACCCUGUGGAGAUUGUCAAGCAACUGGUGAAAUCAUUGAUGAGAAGGAUCGUUGUCAAGGAUGUCGCGGAAAGAAGGUUGUUGGUGAAAAGAAGAUUCUUGAGGUUCAUAUUGACAAGGGAAUGCGUGAUGGACAAAAGAUUACUUUUGCUGGUGAAGGUGAUCAAGCACCCAAUAUUAUUCCCGGUGACAUCAUUAUUGUUAUUGAUGAAAAGCCUCACCAACAUUUCAAGCGUCAAGGUGAUGAUUUGAUUUUCGAAGCUCAUAUUGACCUCUUAACCGCUCUUGCUGGUGGCAAGUUUGCUAUACCCCAUCUUGAUGAUCGUGUCCUCAUGGUUAAUAUUCUCCCUGGUGAGGCCAUCAAGCCCAACGAAUUAAAGGUUAUCCCUAACGAAGGUAUGCCUGCUUAUCGUACCCACACUCAUGGUCAUCUCUUUGUCAAAUUCACUGUUGAAUUCCCUAAGCCUAACUGGACCACACCUGAAAACAUUGCUCUUCUCGAAAACAUUUUACCUCCUCGUCCUGCUGUCCCUACUUUCAAAGACAAGCAUAUUGAAGAUGUUGUUAUGGCUGAUGCCGAUGCCUAUCAAUCUAGCUCUAGACAUGGUGGUGGCGCUCAUAUGCACGAUGGUUAUGAAGAUGAGGAUGAUCACCAAGGUGCUGGACCUGGUGUUCAGUGUGCUCAACAGUAAAAUUUUGUUAUUAGACUUUUAUUUUAUAUUAUUUCAAAAAAGUGUUGUAAAUCUCUCCCUCUUCUUUUUUUUUUUUUAACCAUCAUUCCCUUUCCAUUUCUGCAUGAAAAAUAUACAUAAAGACCGCGUAUUUUCUUUAUUUUUUUUAAUAAAUACCACUUUUUUUGUAAAUGCUUAAAU